UGUGGCUUGUGGCUUUACUACCUAACCUAGACCUGUCAUCGAAACGUUGGUGCAGUUUCCACAAUAUGACUCGUCUGCACAACUAACUGUCUACUUCCCAGUGAAUUUCUGAGUCGAGAACUUGUCGUAUCGGGACACAAUUGGGGGUCAACCACCGACUAUCUAGGACAGUCUACAGUGAAUGACUCCAAAGAUCUUGAAAAUUAAGGCUGUUUACAGGACAAAUACUUGACUGACGUUCCGUUUGCCAGCCGGGCAGUUCUGGUCACUGAAGCAUUAAGCCAUGGAGCCCAAUAGAUGACCAUAGUCAGACUCACAGAGCUAGGAUGGACCCGACAACACCAGACAUGACCACAGCGAGGGGCACCUCGGAAAGUGACGGGUGCACGGCUGAAGACAUGAAAAAUAUGGAAGCUCUGAGCUACAUCCAUAUGAUCAUGUCAGCUAUCAGCAUCCUUGCCACCCUCUCCAUCAUACUCUACUCCAUCAUUAAGAAGAUAUUCCGGAGUGCGGAGGUUCGUCCCCUGUUCCAUCUGGCCGUGGCCGACCUGCUGCUCGCUGCGUGCUGGUUGGUCGGCUCGUUGCUAUGGCGACUGGACGGCGACCACGCCCCCGACAACGACAGCUGCUUCUACCUCCAGCUGGUCACAGAGGCAGUUCACCUGGUGACGUUUUUCCUGACGAUGAAUUACGCUCUGAAUGUUUACGUGCGACUGAAGGAUCGCGAGAACAAGGCAGACAACCUGUCCCUGCUCAUGUCUACACGUUGGAUGGUCUGGACAAUGCGUUUAGUCUAUGUGUUAUCAUGGUUUGUCCCAGUACUGAUAAUGAUCCCACCUGCUCUGCACAAGAAACAGGUUGUUAAGGAUGUGGACACUUGUACAAGAUGCUUGAUGCCAUUUGGCAGAUCAUCUACUGGCAAAUACCUGGACUGGAACAGUUACUCCUCGCUGGUGCUGGUGGGAUGUCUGGUCUUGUCCAUCUCUGCUAUGGUGGUGCUGUACGUGCUGUCCUACCGUGUGUACGGUCGUGUGCUGAAGUCCAACAUUUGGACCAAUGCUCAACGCGAUGCCCUGGGUCUGCUGAAGACGAGAGUCACCCUCUACAUCCUGGUCUUUCUCUUCUGCUGGUCACCAGCUCUGACCGUGGCCAUCACAGACUUGUCUCAGGAGAAGUUCCCAGAGUUCUCCAGAUACGUUGUCUUGUACAUACUGCAGGGUGUGACAGCUCCAGCGCAGGGCUUCCUCAACAGCCUGGUGUACGGCUGGACACGGAGCGGCUUCCGGGAGGCCAUGAGGGACAACAUCGCCGCCACGUCUACCUCUCCACAGACUCCCCUUCUACUGGCUCGGUCCAACGUGAUCCACUACGGCUCAAGCGGCCGCAGCAGCCCCACCACCCCUCCCCCCGGUGUGCUCUCCUUCCGAACCAGCUUCAACGAGACCCACCCUCCCGGCCGACCGGCCCGACAGACACUAAUAAAACAGUCCGUGUAAACACAAGUCAUGUUAAACACAAGUCAUGUUAAACACAAGUCACGUUAAACAUGCAUCGGUUAAGGUUAGGCAUCCAAGGUAUUAAUAAGAUAAAAUUAAGCAAUCAUUCAAGCAAAAGCAGUUAUUACGGCAACUUGAUGCCCAAAAGGAAUUAUAUUCAAGCAACUUGAUAUGAUGAUUUUAGAAAUGGUCAGAUGUUUCAGGUAGUAUCCACUACCUUUCGUCAGUGAUACUAAGAGACUGCAGGAGAAAUGCAGGUUUAUAUACAAGUACAAACUAAAACAAUGUUAAACAUGCCCUAGAGUGUGGAAAAACAAGUUCAAAAUGCUCUUCAUUGAAGAGCUAGUCUUCCACUGGUCAUAACAGAGAAGACAAACGCUAUGUACAGUAUUUACAGUGGACACAGUAUUUCACUUUUUGCCGGCCCCUUAAAUAACUUUCCCAAAUUGAUUUUUUUGGUCCCCUAAAUGGUUAUAAUAUUGGGCGGUUUUGUCUGUAAUUGCCAUAAAAUGUAACAUUUGUACAUUCUGGUUGUGUAUGAUAUUAUUCACAUUUUUAUUGUAUAUAUUUGACGAAAAAACUUAAGGGGUUUUUCAAAUUUUCAUAUUGCCACUGGCUGUAAUGGUUUGCACAAGUUUUGCACAAUUAUAUGUAAUGUAUAUGGUGGUGGAAAGUGCUUCUUAAUUUAUUAACUACUAACGAAAAGAUUUGUUGUAUAAAUUGAAGGAUUUAUCUAAAUCAGAUACACAAUUAUAAGUUUAUAAAUGUAGUAAUAUUGUAGGAAGUGAAUUCAGAUUUAUUUAUUUGGGAGCAAGGGUGGCGAGUCCUCAACCUACCUAAAAUAGUGGCUAAGAUUUUCCUAAUUUUUUAAAAUUUUUGAUGUACUUAUUUCCAAGACAGUAUUUUGUUUGUUUGCUUUUCAUAACCGGUAAACCGCCUUUAGGCGUAACGCACCAGUUCUGUACAGUAAGUACAAGCUAUUUAAGACCGGACUGUAAGGUUUGAACCACUCACUCCGGGAAGGACCCCUAUUCUUUUUUUGAAAGGUGCGGUGGGUCCUUUAACGUGUUUGGGGACCUCCAUCUAACGUCUUAUUAAAAAAAAUCCCUAACCAAAAGUUGGUACUGAAAAACUGUUUAGAAAUCAUUGCUAUUAUUUCGUUUGUAAUUCAUAUCAAUGCAGCAAAUAAAAGUCCACAAUUAACAUCUACAUUGUUAUUUGUAUAUAAGUACAUUAAACCGGUAGACAUGAGAAAUACCUGCACAGCUCCAGUUCUUCCUGCACUAUACCGCAUAAUAAUAUGCAGGUGAUAUUUCAAGCCUUGUACAUGUAUAACUGUAAGUUGGUUUGUUAUAUAUUCGGCAAGAUGUAUGCGCACAAUUCUUUCACAUGUAUUUCUG